GGGCGUCACGAGCACCUCACGACCCCCUCUAGCUACGCCCGUGAAAAUCUUGUUUUAAAAACGAAAUAAUAUAUUUUGCUAGGCCAGGCCCUCCAGGCUCGGGGUGUGUAAAACAAAGAGAUGCAAACCAGUGGUUUAAUUAGUUUUGGUACAGGAGUCUACAUGCGAACUUGAAUUUUCUAGAGAGUACAAUAUUCCCGGAAAGACGAGGGAGAGACGGAAAUCUGGGAACAAGUCUCAUUCUUAGGCUCCACUCUUCCCAAGUAACAUGUCACCAAUACCAAAAUGGCGCUUGCGAGCGCUUGUACAUGAGGUUUUCCGCUUUUUUGACAAUGUGGCUGUUCAUUUUAAAAUGCACUGACCUAUCAGAAUUACAGGUAAUCUAACAAAGGAUGCAGAUAGGCCACUAUGUACACCAAUAAAGCUUAUAUACUGAUGACUUGCAGUUCAAGAACCCUGUCGCUGUUUACAAGAUGUCAUAUUCCAAGAGUGUUUCUCAGUCACAGUAGCAUUUUAUUAUCUUCACAGCUUGAAAGAAAGCCCAGAAACAGCAGUUGUGUUAUUGAAUCACGACUAGCGCUUGGGACCACAUUGUUGAAAGGGAAAGCUGGAAGCUCUUUUCCAUUGAUGCAAAAGGCAUAUUACAAAACUAAAGCAGAAGUCCCAGUGCCUUUUCAAGUUCAACUGAACAAAAAAAUUAUAUCACUUAAAACAGUCCAAGAUCAGCUUAGUCUGUAUGACUCUGAAUCUUUCAUGAAUGUUGUGAACAGGGUUUCACUCCUUUUCAACAUUGCCAGGAUUGUGGCAAGAGAUAAAAGGCAACUACAUUUGUUUAGGAAAAUUAAGAGUGAAUCACACGCCUUGAGUGGUAGCUAUAUUCGUCUGCUGGAUUCACUUUCUGCAGAUAUUUCUCGGUGCUCCCCGAGAUGCCUUGCAAAUAUGAUGUGGUCCUUAGGCAAAAUAGAGGAGAAGAGUCAUUGCCUGCUUCAGAUUUGUGAAGAAACCAUCUUGUCAUGUGAUUUGAGUUCUUUCACACAGCCUGAUAUCUUUCAGAUUGUGAAAGGAUGUAGUCUGCUUGGCAUUCAAGGGAAUAAAAUAUUUCUAAAACUGGAAGAAGCCAUUUUAAAUGGAGAGAUUGCAAUAUCUGACUUCAAAGAUCGUGAUUUGACCUUGGUUGUUAUGUCAUUUGCCAAAAAUGACAGCGGUGGUGAAACCUUGUUUAACCAUUUCCAGUCAGAAAUUUUAGCCAGAGAUCUCACUGCAUAUGAAAGCCGCCAAUUGGCUGGAUUUGUUUGGUCAUUUGCUAAACGAACAUUGAGCUGCUCAAGUGAUCUUUUUGAUCAGAUCGAGAGUGAAGUCCUGCGACGAGGGACAAAGACUGUGCAGAAUGUACCUACAUUGAUGUUGCUUUGGUCAUUUGCCAAAAUGGGUUUGGGAAGUGAAAGGCUAUUCAGUGCAUUUGAUAGCAACCUUGUUGCAAGAGGAUUGCAGGCAUUUGCUACCACGGGCGUGGUUCAAUUGGUAUGGUCUUUUGCAAAGAGAGGACUUAAAGACGCAGGUUUGUAUGCUGUGGUGGAGAAUGAGGUAUUAGCGCGUGGCAUGUCAGUGUUCCAAGAUUACCAGUUGGUGGUUUUGCUGUGGUCAUUUACAAAGGCAGAGAAAUUUGACACAGAGUUAGUCAGAAGUAUAUCACAUGAAUUUCUGCAACGAGAUGUCAAACAGCUCAGAGGCGACCACUUAAGUCAAUUGGCUUGGACUCUGGGGCGUGCAGGAAUAAAAAUCCCUGAGCUCUUUGACUCCAUUGGACAAGUCGUUAAGAAUUGUCCACCGGACAUGACUUCAAGUCAAUUGAUUGCAUUGAUAAGAGGAUUUGUUGAAGCCAAAGAGGGAAGCAGCGAGCUGUUUGAUUACCUCAGACUUGCUUUAUUGAAAGACAUCAAAGCUUUAAGUGCUGAUAACAUUUGUGAGGUAUUGUGGUGCUUUUCUGAAUGCAAAUCUCCAAGCAACAGACCAGAUGUUUUCAGUACCAUAGCAAAGGAAAUUCUUUGUCGAGGGAUUGCAAGCUUCAACACAGUCCAGCUUGCGAAGAUAAAACAAUGUUUCCUUGCAGUGAAAGAAGGAUCUGACUGUAGUGAGCAACUGCUAGAAAUGUUGCAAAAUGUUGACAAUGACGAUAAAGAUGCUCAAGAAGAGAAUACCAGCUAAGCAAAUGUUAUGGUAUUGUCAAUUUAUUCAAAUUUACUUUUGGUUUAUAACAGCAAUGACAAUAAUGAUUUAUUGCAAUGUACUGCAUAAUGUGCCAUGUAAGUUCAUUUUGAGGCAGACCAAAUUUGAAUACAAAAAAUAUUCUGUUACAAUGAAUUUGAAUGAAAAAGCAAAAAAUAUGGGAAAACAAAAAAAGUGAAAUUUGAGCCUUUUCAGAAACUUGUUCACUAUUAGGGAAACAACUUUAAUGCUGGGCAUGUGUCUGUACAAAAGUUGUGGAAACCUACUGCAGAGACAAAAAUGUGUGUGAUUGUACUGAUUACACCCGCUUUCAGUGUUACAUACAUAUUGACUUUCUUUUGACAUGCCAUCUCUUGACAUGCUAUGUGAUCUGGCUUAGGUAAAAAAUGUAAGCACAACUGACUUCUUUAUGGUUGAACUUGACUUUAAGUCAUGAACGAUGGAUUUACUUGACAUCAAACUAAGGCUAGGAGUAUCAAGAAAACAUUCUGUGAGAGAUAAAUUGACUGUUUUGAAUGUUUACAUCUUUCAAAUAUUAACUGAGCAGUAGCUGCCCAAUUCUACUGGAAGUCACCAUUGAGAGCCAAUUAACUAGACUAAUCAGUUGAAUUCCGUAAAUCACGAAGCAUGCAAAGUCCACAAUCUUCUUCGUUCAUUUGAGGUCAGUAAUUAUCAUUUAGUAGUCAUUUGUUCUGCUAAGAACAAAAUGGUCUUUCAGCUGUUUACACAGCACGUUGAAAGAUGGCAUGUCAAAAGAUAGUCGAAAGAUGUUGCCUAUGGACGUAACACUGAAAGCAGGUGUAAGGCAUGAUAUUUUUAAUUGUAUAGUUGUUGAAAGAAAUGAGGGACACUAUUACAGUGAUUUUGUGGCAUAUUUGGUCAAGCAGUGCUAACAUUAAUCCAGUUACUCUACAUUGGUCACUCAACUCGUGACAGACAGGCUUAUUUUAUUAAUUCAAACGGGUUCCCUGAGGUUACCCCUGUUAAUUCAGGGUGUUAACUCUCAGGAUGACUCUCUUUCUCCCUUUUCUCUAAAUGUCUACUGGGCCCUAAAUGAUUGGUACAGGUUAUUUAGGAAUUCAAGUGCAGUAGACCUUUUGCUGAUACAGCAGCCAUUUUGAUGUCUAUUGAUUGGAGGAUGCUGAGGGGGCAAAUAAGUAGGUAUUUGCCCCCUAAGUAUCCCAUAAUAGCUAUUUGAAACAAUAGAAUUCAAAAUGGAUGUUGUAUUGGUAAAAUGGUCCAUUAAGAAUUUACAAUGUGAGUGAUGUUUGAAAAUUUUGACAGUAUGAUCACUCAUUUAUUUUGCACCUGGGAAAACUACUGGAAAAUCUACAUGCCUGUUUUGAUUUGCACUGUUGCACAAAAUUAAAAUUAAUGAUGAACUUGCCUGCUCUGAGCCAAUCACAAUGAAGUUAUUUUGAUCAAUUAUAUAAUGAGGACCUUUCUGUACACCUCUAUUGAUAUCUUAAUUGAAUCAUGUGUACUUUGUUUGCCUUUUCAUUUUGUAUUGUUAUCAGCCCCUCUAAUUGUAAUUAUGUAUUGGAAGAUUUGGCUAAUAAAGGUGUUUAAAAACCA